CAGUGUAAGCCUCUACACUGUGCCCUGUAUGUCCUGGGGGAAUGCCUCUUCCGUGUGAAUACAAAUUGCCUUUCUUUAGCGUGGAAUUCCAUGCCCAGGGUCACAGAGCAAGAUACUCCAGUUUCUCAAAGAGAAGAAAACAUUUUGCAGGAUCACAGCAAUUACUUAAAUUUUUGCAAGAUGAAAGCUGAGGCAUUCUUUAAAAUCUGGCUGUGUUAAUACAGGGUUUUUCAACUAGUCAGGACUUCCAGCAAGAUAAUAUGAUAAACUCUAGGCACACUGAGAACCUUACACGGCCUUUUUUUUCAACUGAGAUUAUUAUGGGUUGUUGAUAUUGUGAUCACCCUGAUUAUUCCUGGGCAUCCCUGGGAAGGGAGCAUUUUCUGUCUCUCUCUGCUGCCUGGCCAGCAGAGAUCAGCAGAGACCAGGGGUAGGCAUAGAAUGGGUCCCUGGGUGGCACUAAUAGUUUGAGCUUGGCUAGUAGCCGAAAGGUUGGUGGUUUGAAUCCACCCAGCGGUGCCGUCAAAGAAAGGUCUGGCUAUCUACUUUUGUAAGAUUAUAGCCAUUGAAAACUUUAUGAGGCGUAGUUCUGCUAUGAAACAUGUGGGGUCACCCUGAGUUGUUAUGUUAAUGAGGUCCUACUGGAGCAGGGUGGGUCCUGAACCUAAUUUCUCUUGAGUGGUGAUUUAUAAAGGGGAGUAGACACAGAAAGACAGACACACAACACAGUACGCUAUGUGACCACGGGGACAGAAGCAUCUGUAAACUGAAAAGGAACUCCAAGGAUUGCUGGCAUUCUCCAGAGACUCGGAAAGAGGCUCACAGAAGGAACAGACUUUUAGCAUCAAGAACUGUGAGAAAUAAAUUUCUGUUCUUUAAAGUCACCCACUUGUGGUCUUUUUUGUUACGGCAGCACUGGGUAGCUAAGACAGAUGUAUUUAUAUGCUAAGUACUCUUCCAGAUACUUUAUUUAUGUAUUUAUUUAACAAACACACAGAACACUUGUUAUAUGCUGGGUGCUGUUUUAAGUGCUUUAUAAAUAUUAACUCAGUUCUUGAAAAAGCCCUAUUUCAUUUAAACUUCCUUUCAGCCCCAUGAGUAAGUGUUAUUAGCGCCAUUUUACAAAGCUGAGGCUCAGAGAGAUUCAGAAUCUUGUUGAAGGUUGCAUCAUUAUUAAGUGUCAACCCGGGAGCCCAGUCCCCAGCCAGUAGGAAGCUGAGGCACACUUCCCAGCAGCACUGGGGCUUCCCUUUGAGCCUGGGAUGGGAGGGGAAAGGGAAGAUGGGGGACAGAAGAGAGAAACCCCAGCUUUGUGUUUUGGGAAGCUGAAUCUUUAAAGAGCAAACUGAUUGUGUUGACAGAGGGAAGGGAGCUGUGAUGAAUGAAUCCCCCGGAAGCAGGUGGGAGGGGCGGGGAGCUGUGGCAGGACCGGACUCUUUCUGGGUGGGGUGGGAAGGGCACUGUUCUGACAGUGGAGAGGUGGUGGGCAGCGUGGGGACCACGGGCGCUGUGUGUCCUCCUACUACCAAACCAGCUGCUGGUGAGCAGACUGGCUCAUGGUCACCCCCUGUGUCUUAGAGCAGAACUGUGCUCCACGGGGUUUUCAGUGACUGAUUUUUGGGGGAAGUAGACCAUCAGGCGCACCUCUGGGUGGAUUCGAGCCUCUAACCUCUCAGUUAGCAGCUGAAUGUGUUAACCACUUGUACCACCCAGGGACUCCGUGUGUCCUGCUAGAGGUCUGAUUUAAAAUAUCGGUCCCUUAGUGCUUGAUUUGGCAGCACAUACACUAAAAACUGGAACAACACAGAGAAGAUUAGCAUGGCUCCUAUGCAAGGAUGACACCCAAAUUUGCAAAGUGUUCCAUAUUUUUACCAGAAAUAGGCCUAUCUUCUCAGAGAAAAUUAAAGAAUGGGAGUUGUCAUAGAUUGAAUUAUGCCCCCCCAACUGUGUAUCAACUUGGUUAGGCCAUGAUUCCCACUAUUCUGUGGUUGUCCUCCAUUUUGUGGUUGUAAUUUUAUGUUAAAGAGGCUUUUGGUGGGAUUUUAACAUCCUUACAAGGUCACAUCCCUGAUUCAAAUGUAAAGGGAGUUUCCCUGGGGUAUGGUCUGCACCACCUUUUAUCUCUCAGGAGAUGAAAGGGAAGCAAAGAGGUUGGUGGGGGGAGGGGCUCACACUAUCAAGAAAACAGGACCAGGAACAGAGUGUGUCCUUUGGACUUGAGGUUCCUGUGCCCAGAUGCUCCCAGGCCAAGGGAAAACUGAUGACAAGAACCUUCCUCCAGAGCUGACAGAGAGAGAAAGGCUUCCCCUGGAGAUGAAGCCCUGAAUUUGGACUCAUAGCCUACUAGAAAGUGAGAGAACAAAUUUCUCUUUGUUAAAGCCAUCUACUUGUGGUAUUUCUGUUAUAGCAGCACUAGAUGACUAAGGAGUUAAAAAAAAAAAAAAAAUUGGUCCCUUAAGGUCCCUCUACAUUCUUAGAACAUGCCUCGUACCUCCUUUUUUUUUUUAAUAUGGUCACAUGGUCAUGGGAGAGUCAGGGUGAAAAAGGAAGGCAGCUGGGUACAGGGGCACAGCGCGGGAACCUGCUGGGCUCAAAUCCCCUUUACUGGAUGAAUUAAAUUAGAAUCACCAUUAAUUCAUAUUUAAAUCUCAAUAGGAUUAAAUUAAACCUGUGCUUCCUUCUCCCACAGGGAAGGAGAGAAAGGUUUUGGCAAACAUUGGAGGGGAGGCAAUUGAGGGGUCCUGAGAGGGUUAGGGAAACCCUGGUGGCGUAGUGGUUAAGUGCUAUGGCUGCUAACCAAAAGGUUGGCCAUUUGAAUCCACCAGGCUCUCCCUGGAAACUGUAUGGAGCAGUUCUACUUGUUACUGCAAAUCGCGGAUUCAAGCCGCCUGCCGCAAAGCCAAUACUGAGACAGGAGGAGGUAAGGAGCAAGAAGGCUUUAUUGAACACCGGUAUUCAAGAGACAGAGGGGGUUAAAUUUCUCCCACAUUCUGUCUAAUUCUAAAGAGCUAGUGGGAGGGUUUUAUAGGGGGAAGGUUAGGGUUACCUAAUGUUUUUAAGCACCUACGUAGCCCACAGAUUGUCUUAUACAUCACAAAACAACUACAAGAAACUAUUAAACCAAAGAUAUGUAUGUCAGACAUCUGGACUCUAAUCAGCAUGUUUGUAACAGCCUGAAAAAAAAAAAACUCACACAAGAAUCUCUCAGCUAGUGGAACUGUUCUGCCAAGUCCACUCUGGCUGAGAUAGGGAGCAAGAAAGAAAGUUGUAGAUAAACAUGUUAGGAGCCUUUCUGCCGUUUUGCAGGCUGAAGGCCAUUUCUCAAAAGAACAAAAAAGAGAAGAGAGACCAAGGCCACAGGAACUGAGAGAGCUCCUCACCCCUUUAGAAGAGACCGGUACAGCUGGUGCAAUAAAAAAAAUGUUUAGAGAUUACUUAGAGCAUCAUUAUGGCGUUGGUUAUGCCACGCUCUCAAUCACCCAUUGUGAACAGGAGAAAACAUGCUUGUUAAGAGUGGAACAGGCUGCUCAGCCAUACCUUGAACAGAGCCUGCGCCAUUUUCUAAAGACUAGAGAUUAAUCACCGUUUACACAGCUAUACUAAAACAAAUGAGAAAAUACAUUCUCUCUCCUUUAAUAUUAAAACACUGGAGAAAAUGUAUUUUCUGUACUUCAUACUCUGUCCUAUAGAGUCACUAUGAGUUGGAAUCGACUAGACAACAACAGUUUUGGUUUUUUGCUUUUCUUGAGAGAGCCGGAGGAAGGGAAGUUGUGAAUUUGCUGGAAGAUUCUUAACUGCAGGCGCUAGGCUGGGGAUGAGGGAGACUUAAAAAAGGGAACUCUGGAAGCUGCUCCUGGGCAAAUAAAGACCUGUGAUUGGCAACCCCAGCCCUACCAGCCUUCCUGAUUCCUGUUCCUGAGCAAAGGUCACUGGCUGUUUCAAUCAUCUUUUUUUUUCCUCCACCAGCUUUGCUUACCGAAUAAGGAAAAUCAGCAUUGCAAAGAUUGCAAAGUCAGAAGACGGCCUCUCUAAUAUUGUUUUCUAAGAAUAGUUGAGCCAACCAGAGCUUUGGGUGAAGAUGGCUGGGAAUUCAAUCCUGCUGGCUGCUGUGUCUCUUCUCUCCGCUUUUCAGCAAAGUUAUUUUGCUUUUCAGGUCGGAAAGGCAAGAUUAAAAUACAAAGUCACACCCCCAGCAGUUACUGGGUCACCAGACUUUGAGAGAGUAUUUCGUGCACAACAAAACUGUGUGGAGUUUUAUCCCGUAUUUAUGCUUGCAUUCUGGAUGGCUGGGUGGUAUUUCAACCAAGCUUUGGCAAGUUUUCUGGGUCUGGUGUACAUGUAUGCCCGUCACCAGUACUUUUUUGGAUAUUCAGAAGCUGUUAAAAAAAGGGUCACAGGUUUCCGGUUGAGCCUGGUGGUUUUGGCCCUGCUGACCUUCUUAGGCACCCUGGGCAUCGCAAACAGCUUUCUGGAUGAAUACCUGGACCUCAAUAUUGCCAAGAAACUGAGGUGGCACCUCUAACCUUUUCCCCUCCCUUCCCCUUAAUGCUUGUAGAUGCUCUUUUCACCCUACAGGCAAUAUGGUGUCAGCUAGUUAAAUUUAAAAAAUAAAAGUCUUGCUUUGUUUUUCUUGAGAUGACGUUGUUAAAACGCCUGCUGUGGAGAAUGCAUUUCCGGUGUGUUUAUGAACUGAGGCUUGUUUUGGGGGAGACGUGUCUGUAUCGCCAGUUGUGCGCUGACUCUGGCUUUAAAGGUGCGUGCUGGGGUUGUGACUGCUUGCAUCUGGACAAAGCAGCUUGACUGUGGAACAUAUUUCUCUGGACCCCACCGGAGCCUGCCUUUGAGAACCACUUCUCUCUUGAAGGAAAGUUCCAGACAGAUGCUGAUAAGCAGCCAAGCCCUCUUCAUUCCUUGUAGGAAAGCAACAGAUGGCUGGCACUGGGGGAGUCAGGCAAAGACAUAGAGUAGCCAAAGA